CGAGGAAGGAUAAUAGAUAUUCGCUUCGUAUUUUUGACUUGUGUUGUGAUAUUACAUCGUGAUUUUUAACAAAAGUUUCGUUUAUAGGAUAUUAAGAAGUAAAACUGUGAAGUUUCCUAAAUGAAAUGUUCUCAAGUGCCGUUGUUAAUUCAUAAUUUAAAUAUAGAACUUUCGUUUGGUUGAGGUUACAUUUAUCGUUCGAGAUAAUAAUCGGUGUUUUGUUUGACAGAUGUGAUUCGUCAUCGUUCUGCCAACAUUUGAAGAGUGCAUUUUCAAAUCCGUAAAUAUUCAAAACUUCGAUUAUUAUAUAAAUUAUUAAACACAUAGACAUGUUAAAUAAAAUGUCUAAUAUUUCAAACUGUUUUUCUUGUUGUAUUCAACAUGAAUAAAACUUAUAUGAAAUAUAUUAGAACACUAUUGUGCAAUUCAUUUUGUUUACCAGGGACUUUAUAUAAAAAUAUGUGUUUGUAACUGACAAUAAUGUGCUGUGAACAUUUAUUUGACUGGAUUUAAUACAAGCCUGUGAUAUAUUAAUACAUCUUUUACAUUUAAGACACCGUUACCAUGUUGAGCUUGAAGAAAGUGUAUGGAGACGAGCUCUUGCAGCUUGCUUUAGUUUUAAGUCUUUUAAGGGUUGAUCCCGAUAGUUAUUUAGGUUUGGAGACCCGUGUAGGGUCCCAUGGAUUACCAGCUAACCACGAUGGCUGGGCAUUCGAACAGGUGCAAACAUUGAUACGACCCAGGCAAAUUCAUCCGAAGAAUCUAGAUACAAUGCUUCUUAGUUAUGAAAGACAUUUAUUCGAAGACUUGAAUUCUCUUGGAAGAUACCAAAGGCUAGGAGGAUUUGAUGUUCAGACUUAUUUGUUAAAUGUUCAAGCCGAUGGCAACAGAGGCGGUGUUGAUUUGUCUGCAGAGAAUGUAAACCAUGAAAAUAUAAAUGAAGCCGAGAGUGGUCAAGCUUCAGCUGUGUCAACAGAAGAUCAUAAUGAAUUUGAACUACCUCAUUCUCAAGAAGACUUAUUUAUGCAUUUUAAUCUUUUCGACCAAGAGUUGUUAGAUCUUGAAUUGAAUGAUUUCAAUGAUGUAACCUCAAUGCAAUAUUUUAAUCAGAAAGACAAUUAUGGUCUUGAUAUGGCAAGUGCUCCGAUAGAAAUAUCCGAGGUACUAGAAAUGGAAAAAACGAUUAUUAAACGAGAACGUGCAAGCACGAGUUUUUCUUCUAAUUGUUCAAGUAUGUCAAGUGAGUUUUAUAAAACUAUGCCUAAUACUAGUCACAAAGCUGCUGAAACUAUAGUGAAAGCCAAAGACAUCAAAGAGGAGCCUUCGGAUGAAUUGACUCAAGAGGAUAUGGAUUUAAUAGAAGUCCUGUGGAAACAGGACGUGGAUCUUGGAUUUUCUUUGGAAGCUAAUUCAGAAACCAAAGAUGAGUUUUUGUUGAAGGCCGAUUCGAAUAGCAAAACUUGUCCUGAGUCUGCGGAAAAGCUGAAAUGUUUACAGAAACUCAAAGAAGAAGCUACUGAUUUGCAGGAUGAGCCACCAAUAGAUGAUCCAUGGGCUGGACUAUCAUAUACCAUCGACAUGGAAACUGGUGAAUAUGUGCUGAAACAGUUGCCGGAAGGAUCCUCGCUGCCUCUGGAGGACUUCUUAUUGGAGGAAGCCUUGCAGUUGGCCGGCUUGGAGGAUCCGCAGGACGAAUCCCUUCAGACUGAGAUCAAAAGCGAGGCCACCAAACAGGCGGAAUCCAGCGACAUCGCAUCGGAGAACCAAACCGCUUGUCCGUCUUCUCCGAGCUGUAGCAGCGAACGGGGCACUUCCACGACCAGUGGCGUUGUCAACGCUACUGAAGAAGAGGACUUGGACCUGUUGUGCGACAUGAUUCAGACGGCUCAGUUCAACCAUGCGCACCCGCGCUCUCACCCACUGCACCAUGGUCAGUUGUCUGGAGCACACGCAUUCUCCCAGCCGCGAAUGCCGAUAUCGCGCAGCAUGUCCAUGGAGCAGCGCUGGCAGGACUUUGCCAGUUCGUUCCUGGGCGGCCCAGCACCGCCGUCCUGCGCUCCAGCUCACCUUUCCGACCAGUCUGCCGGAGGAUAUCACCCGCACGGUCACUUGCAAGGUCAGCAUCACCCGCACCAGGCGACGCCUCACCAUGCCGGAGCCUAUUCAGCAUUUUCCAGUCCGAAUGCUAAUGGAACGGCGAAUAGCACAGGAUAUCAUUUGCCGCCUGGUGGAGUACUGCUGCACAAUGCCACGCUUGCACCUCCCAUGGGGGAUUUGAAUCCUGGACCUGUCUCAUAUGGGCCUAAUUUGGGAUCUGCUGUAACUUCUUCGAUGCAUCUCACAAAUGCAAGUGAAGCUGAAGCGAUUGCUGGCAGUUAUAAAUCUGAGGGAGCUGACAUGUUGUAUUACCAGAAUUCUUCUAUCGAUGGCCUGAACCAGACAACGGAUGGGUUUUUAAAUUCAAUUUUGAACGAUGAAGACUUGCAAUUAAUGGACAUGGCAGUAAAUGAAGGUAUGUACACCAUGCGAAUGCUGGACGCAGCCCACCAGCAACAGCAGAGCAACGCGACUCAGCAGCAGGGCGCUAGCAGCGGCGUAGUUCUCCAAAACGGCGCCACAGCCAUGGUAGGCGUUAGCGGUUCUGGUCACGGGGCAUCAGCCUCUGGACACACCGGCGGAACCGACCGCAUGGACGCGUCCAGCGACAGCGCCGUCAGCUCAAUGGGCUCCGAGCGCGUUCCCUCGCUCAGCGACGGCGAGUGGGGAGAGAACGGCAGCGAUUCUGCUCAGGAUUAUCACCAUCACCAGCACCACAGCAAAUACAGUCCAUAUGACUACAGCUACAAUACUAGCAGUAACAAUGGUACCGCCUCGAUAUCCUCGCGCCAGCCUCCUGUUGCUCAGAAGAAACACCAUAUGUUUGCCAGAAGAUACUUCCAAGAACAAAACAGUCCACCAUCCUCUAAUGGAAAUCAUCUCAGAUCUCUGGCUCCUCCUUUAGCUCCACAUGUGAGCACACCUGUGAAAUUUGAAUAUGAACCAGGGCACUACACUGGGCCUGGUCAUAUGUUACCAGGGGUUGAUGUUAUUAAUGGUCACAAAACAACAGAAUUUAUGCCUGAAAUGAAGUACUCCUGCACAAUGGACUUUGCUCGUCAGCAGAGCAUUAGGGCAGCUUACGAUCCUAUAGCCCAUAAUCACACCUACCACAUGUCACCCCACAUGGCAGGUGCUACUCCAAGACCUCAAACGAGGGACAAGAAAGACAAGCAACGGAAGAAUGGAGACAGUCCUGAAGAACAUUUGACAAGAGAUGAGAAAAGAGCAAGAGCCCUGAAUGUACCAAUUCAAGUUCAUGAUAUCAUUAACUUGCCUAUGGAUGAAUUCAAUGAGCGUUUAAGCAAACAUGAUCUCACAGAGUCUCAGCUGUCUUUGAUCAGAGACAUCAGACGCCGUGGAAAGAAUAAGGUUGCUGCUCAGAAUUGCCGCAAGCGAAAGCUGGAUCAAAUAGUUUCUUUGGCUGAUGAAGUCAAAGAUAUGAGAGAACGAAAACAUCGACUACUCAGAGAAAGAGAUCAUGUCAUUAACGAGAGGCAACGUAUUAAGGAUAAGUUUGCUCAGUUGUACAGACAUGUGUUCCAGAAUCUUAGAGACUCUGAUGGAAAUCCUUAUUCCCAGUAUCAAUACAGUCUUCAGCAAAGUGCUGAUGGUUCUGUUGUUCUUGUACCGAGAUCCAAUAACAGUCUUUUGGAUCAAGGUUCAGUCACAAACUCCACAAACGAUAGCAUGGACCCUACAAUUUCUAAUAAUAAUUUGCACAGGCAGACAAAAGAGUAAUUUAAAAUAUUGAAGAAUAUUUUGUA